ACUUGAGCCGAGACAACCAUGCCCGACCCGAAUACAUCACCGUACAGGGUAGGUUCGCCGCGGAUCCCUCACCACAGUCGAAACCAGGGUGAUGCAGGAGAAAAUGAGAGAGAGAGAAACGCAGUAAAUGGGCUAUCCCUCUCUCUCGCUCAGGUUUGCCUUCGUCCUCUCCCUCUCUUUCACAGCUUCACACUCCUCAUCUUCACCCUUCCACCUCACCAGAACCGCCCCACCACCCUCACCCUCUUCGUUUCGCAAUCUCAAAGCCUCUGCUUCCGACGUCGUCGCGCUCCUUGGAACCCGCCAGCAGGCUUCUCAGAUCAACGCUGAAGAAGCCCGGCAGCUCAGAUCCUGCUUCAAAUUCCUCGUUCCUUUUACCCUGAAUUCAAUUGGACUGGCCUCCAGAGGCUGGUCGAUUCGGCGGAGGUUGAGUUUGAAGAAGGGAGACGGUCGGUGUCGGAGAGAAGAGGAUGAGCUCGUGUGGUGGCCGCCGGCGCCGGUUCUGGAGCUGGCUCGCCUUGCCUUUGACUCCGGUGGAGACCCCGCCGCUAUCCACCGAACCCUAGAUCCGACGAUGAUACGUGUACCUGAUGUUGAGGGAUCCAAAGAAUUCCGAUGUGAGCUCACUAGAACUCCAUAUGGGAGACGAUUCAUAAACGAGGAGCUGAAUUCAUAUCUUGAAUUUUUGUUUGAACUCAUUGCUGCUCGGGGUCCUGAUAUUGGAUUAAAUGCAUCAUUGUCUCGCUAUGAUUUUUUCCAUGGCCACCUUUUUCUUGCCAGAGAAACUGGAAGACUCGGCAUACUGUUCCAUGCUAAAGAAUACCCGUCUUAUGAAAAAGAAAGUUUCCCAUACAAUAUGGGAUAUUGUCAAAUAGGGUCCAAUGUGGCAUAUGAUGAUUCUAUGAACUUGCGGAACAUUCUCUGGCUUGCUCCAUUACCAAGCAAUUCCUCUAAAGGUUGGGUGGCUCCUGGAGUCCUGGUGGUGCUGGAUGCCCGCCCAGGAGGAAUCAUAUACAGAGAUAUCAUCCCUGACUAUGUAAAAUUUGCAAGGACCAUAUAUGAAGAUGAUUUUGGAGAUGUUGCAGUUGAUGUCAACUACUUGAAUGUGGGAAAUGCAGUGCCUGAUUAUCAGAUCUUCAUUUGCUGACACCCUUCUGGAGCGAUGCAGUACUCAUCACCCAUGAGCUCAUAAAGCUGAGUGUUGACUUGGGAUAACUGGUAGGCCAUCUGAUCCAUACUCUGAAUCUCAAUAUGAAUAAGGUUUCAGUUUUUCUAUCAACACAAACUGGCUGCCAUGGCAUAGAAGUGAAAAUAUCCAUAUGCCAGUGGAAACCGUGGCUCGUCUAAAUGCCCUGUUACCGGUUCUUUUCUGUUGGAACACAAUUGUGAUGGAAAUUUCCAUGCACAUGUUGGAGUUUGAUCAAUAGUCCAAUCAAAUCACAUAUUCUUUUGUUC